AUGGCGGUUGUGUCGGAGGUCGCAAUUCUGGAGAUAGAAUCGAGAUUGCACCGAGAUAUGGGGUUGUGGCUUGACAUCCCGAAGGGAAAUGCGCAAAUGGCUAUCACCGUCAAAGCAAGUCGGAUGCGAUCAACAAUCACUGUAGGCAAAUGGGAGUGGAAUACACCAAAUGUGUCUUUGUCGCCAACGCGCGUCUGCAGUGGGGUAUGGGUGCAGCUCCACAUGUUUCUGUCACUCAAAGAGAAACCUACACAUCCCACUCCAGAAGUCGCUGCCUCUUGA